GGGUGAACGGAUCAAACAGAAAUCAAUAAGACGAUGCGCCGUACUAAGCUGCUCGGUAUCUGUGGUGUCGUGCUGGUUGUUGUCCUGGCCCUAACGCUAGGGCUCGUGUUUGGGUUGCAGAGCGAUGAUGACGGCGGAGACGAAGCUGAACGAUCAUUUACGAUCGACUAUGAGCGGGACACGUUCGUGAUGGACGGUAAAGACUUCCGGUACGUAGCGGGAUCGUUCCACUACUUCCGUGCGCUACCCGAAACGUGGCGUACGAAGCUGCGCACGUUGCACGCCGGUGGUUUGAAUGCGGUCGAUCUCUACGUACAAUGGUCGCUGCACAAUCCUCGCGAUGGAGUGUACAACUGGGACGGCAUCGCGAACGUGACCGACAUUAUUGAGGCUGCCAUUGAGGAGGACCUGUACGUGAUCCUUCGCCCCGGUCCGUACAUCUGUGCCGAAAUCGAUAACGGUGGUCUACCGUACUGGCUGUUCAAUAAAUACCCGGGUAUUGCCGUACGUACCAGCGACGCUAACUAUAUGGAGGAGGUACGCAAGUGGUACGGUGAGUUGAUGAGUCGCAUGCAACCGUACAUGUACGGCAAUGGUGGUCCCAUCAUUAUGGUGCAGAUCGAAAACGAAUACGGUGCGUUCGGGAAGUGCGAUAAGCCGUACCUAAACUUCCUCAAGCAGGAAACCGAACGUUACGUACAAGACAAAGCGGUUAUGUUCACGGUUGAUCGUCCUUAUGACGAUGAGAUUGGAUGUGGCCAGAUUGAAGGUGUUUUCAUUACGACCGACUUUGGACUCAUGACGGAUGAGGAGGUUGACACGCACGCUGCAAAGGUACGCUCGUACCAACCGAAGGGACCAUUGGUUAACACCGAGUUCUACACCGGAUGGCUAACACACUGGCAAGAAUCUAACCAACGUCGGCCAGCUCAACCGCUUGCCGCUACUCUGCGUAAGAUGUUGCGCGAUGGUUGGAACGUUGAUUUCUACAUGUACUUUGGAGGCACCAACUUUGGGUUCUGGGCUGGUGCUAACGAUUGGGGACUGGGCAAGUAUAUGGCGGAUAUUACCUCUUACGACUACGAUGCACCGAUGGAUGAGGCCGGCGAUCCAACGAUCAAGUACACCAUCUUCCGGGAUAUAAUUGGAGAGUACCUUCCGCUAGCUGUCUUGCCGGUUCCGGAUCCUGCACUCAAGAUGACGCUUGAACCUUUCCCACUAACCGUAGUUGAUACGAUUCUCUCGGAGCGUGGACGUGCGGUGCUCGGUGUCGAGGCAUCCAACAAGGACGGUCGGCUGCUCACUUUCGAAGAGCUCAACCAGAACUCCGGUUUCGUGCUGUAUGAAACGACACUGCCAAAGCUGACACGUGACCCCAAUAUGCUCACUAUCAACGGCUUGCACGAUAGGGCGCAGGUGUACUUGAACCAGUUCCUCGCCGGUACCUUGGCUAGAGAGAAUGCUAUCGAUAAGCUUCCCAUUACGGCUGGUUACGGUUCGGAGUUGGCUAUUCUUGUUGAGAAUCAGGGACGCAUCAACUUUGACAUCCUCGACGACUAUAAGGGUAUUCUGGGCAAUGUCACCAUCCAAACGUUUGCAGAACCGUACACAAUGGAACUGGAACAGUGGAAAGUUACCGGAUAUGCGUUCGAUGAUUACAAUAAGGUGCAACAGUUUAUUGAUACCGUUUCCGAAGGUACUGGAGCGAACAAUCGCGGAAUGGCGGUACAUGGACCGGUUGUUCUGAAGGCCGUUUUUGACAUUCCUGCUUCCGAAAUGCGGGACACGUACAUCAACAUGGACGGAUGGGGCAAGGGUUUCAUCUUUAUCAACGGAUUCAACCUGGGACGCUACUGGCCAAUUGUUGGACCGCAGGUUACUACAUACCUACCGAAGGAGCUUCUCAAGUCUACCGACAACACUAUCGUGGUGGUCGAACAGCAAAAGGUGCCCUCCGAUAGGAUGCUGCGUUUUUCCGCAACAGCUAUCCUCGACGAGGCUUAA